GAUAUUUAAAAAACAAACUUUUAAAUGGAUACUUAUUAGGGUUUCAUUAUACACUAAUUGAUGAAUCAAAAUCCAAAAUCUUUUUAAAAUUCAACAUUGUGAACAACCUACAGUGGACAUGUUAACAAAUUAUUUCGUCAAAUUUAUUUGGUUAUCUUUACUGACCAUUGUCAUAUUAGCCGAUCCAUCCAUUAAUGAUGAUGAAAAUCCAAGUGAAGAACAAUCUACUAAUAACAGUCUUGAAUCAGAUCCAAUCGAUGUACAAAUGUUGGCAGAUGAAACGGCUUUUUUCUAUGUUUAUCUAAUAAAUCCACCCGAAAAACCAGUCAAUGUUUCGUUUAUAUGCGAACAUUCACCAUGUUCAACGUUUGAUCAUCAGAUUAAUCCCAUUCAAUUAACUAGCGACAACUAUAGAAUACAAAUUAAUAUAACAGCAGUACGACCAGGUCAUGAUGUAAUCAUUUUCAAAUUCAAUGAUACAACUAUAAGUGAUAAAUUUGCUUUUACUCGUGUUCGAGUUGGUCGUGGUCAAUUUUGGGCCAUUCUUAGUCUGUUUUGGGGUUGGGGAUAUUUUUUUAUCUGGUCAUUAUCAUUUUGGCCACAGAAUGUUACUAAUUAUAGACGAAAAAGUGUCAUCGGCCUUAGUUUUGAUUAUACAAUAUUACAUUUUACCGGUUUCAUUUAUUAUUCUAUAUUCAAUUGUGGCUUAUAUUUCUCUUCGGUCAUACAAGAACAAUAUGAGGCGAAAAUUCCACGAAGCGAAAUUCCAGUUGAAUUGAAUGAUGUUGUUUAUGGAUUACAUGCUGCUUUCACAACAUCCAUUACAUUUAUACAAUGUUUUAUCUAUGAGAAAGGAAAUCAACGUUUUGCUCUUAUAUCAAAACUAUAUCAAGCGACCGUAUGGACAAUCGGUAUUAUAUUAAUCAUAUUGGUCUGGUUUAAUGUGAUCAAUUGGCUGACAUGGAUAUAUUAUUUUUCCUAUGUUAAAUUGAUGGUCACGUCAUUAAAAUAUAUGCCACAAGUUUAUUUUAAUUUUCGUCGAAAAUCGACUGCAGGCUGGACUAUUUGGAUGAUUUGGUUGGAUAUAACCGGUGGUUCAUUUUCAAUGUUACAAAUGUUAACAAUAGCAUAUAACUACGAUGAUUGGCGAACAUUAUUAGGUAAUCUACCUAAAUUUGGUCUUGGUCUAGCAUCGGUUCUAUAUGAUCUAAUAUUUCUAUUUCAACACUAUAUUCUUUAUCGCAAUUCAACAACAGAAUUAUCAUCACCUUCUUCGUCAUCAAUUGAAAAAUGUCCAAGUAUCAAAGCUUCAACAAUUUCAUUACAAAAUAGUCCUUGUAAUUUUGAUUCGACAACGAUUCUUGUCCAGGCAAAACCAUCUUCCAACAAAUAAAUAGAUUCCUGUAUAUAAAAUUGUUUCCAUAUACAAUGACAUUGAAACAUUUUCAGAAAUUA